AUGUCGAGUGUGUUUUACAAUGCACAGGUGUCUAGCAAGCUCAAGUACCCAUCGUUCGUGCCGCGUGCAGCGCUCACCAUCCCCAGCGUGUUUCUGCACCUGGCUCCCUCCAGGAUACCAGGCGCCGGCCUGGGCGUGUUCAGCACUCUGACCAUACCACGAAGAGUGCGCUUCGGUCCGUACCGCGGGAAGCGAACUGACCAGAUACGAUCCAUGUACUGCUGGCAGAUCUUUGAUCAUAACAAGCCAAGUCACGUGGUGGACGCGGCGGACGGCAACAACUCCAACUGGAUGCGCUACGUGAACUGCGCGCGACACUGGAGCGAGCAAAACCUCGUCGCCUAUCAGUAUAAGGGACAGCUAUACUACAGGUAA